UGGUUGAAUCUGGGCCUCGGGCGUUCCACAGAGGCUACCCCGGUUGUGUCCGGGUAAGAUGGCGUUUGAAGAGCAGUGCUCGGCACCACCUCGAUGGCAGGCCAUAUCCGUGAUACACGUAGAGUUCCCUGAAGGUGACCUCACAGGGAAGCUGUUGGCCUACAUCAGUCUCCUACCCAUCGCUAUUUUAGUGGGUUUUGUCACACUCAUAGUGUUUAAACGGGAACUGCACACAAUAUCAUUCUUUGUUGGACUCCUCCUGAAUGAAGGAGUGAACUGGCUGCUCAAACACAUUCUCAGAGAGCCACGCCCUUGUGCAGGGGUUCACCCAACUGUGCACACAGAAUACGGGAUGCCCUCUAACCAUUCCCAGCUUACCUGGUUCUUUGUUGUUUACUUCUUUCUUUUUCUAUAUUUAAGAAUGCAUCAAACGAACAAUGCUCGAUGUGUGGAUCUGCUGUGGAGACACAUACUGUCUAUUUUCCUGCUGGGCAUGGCCUUGUCGGUCUCAUACAGCAGAGUUUACCUGUUGUAUCACACAUGGAGCCAGGUUUUCUAUGGUGGAGUAGCUGGCAGUACAAUGGCUAUAUUCUGGUUCUUCGUCACACAGGAGGUGCUGACACCGUUAUUCCCCAAAAUUGCAGCAUGGCCAGUAUCGGAGUACUUCCUGGUGAGGGACACAAGCUUGAUCCCCAACAUCUUAUGGUUCGAGUAUACAGUGACCCGAUCAGAAGCGAGGAACAGACAACGAAAGCUCGGAACAAAACUUCAGUGAUCUGUGAAACCGAGUCCUGGACCAGCGUUGAGCGGACGCACACACAAACACACUCUUCUCAUGUUUCCAUCCACAAACAGAAACAAAAACAAUACAACACACUGGAGAACCAUCUUUUGGAUUGACUUGGUUGCAAAGGAAUGUGGGGUAAAGGGUGGUUAAAGAUGGCCUGACUCGAGCCAACCAGACCCUGGAGCCUACAGCCUGAGCGAGUCCGUCCACACGCCUUUCCUCCUUGUACAGCUCGCCUAAAAUGCUCCUCAGUGCAUGAAAGACUGUACAAGAGGCAACCUAUUUAAUGAUAGAUUAAUAUAUAUUUUAACUAUAAACGCACGCUGACAGUAGCAGUUUACUGUAAGAGAUUCAAAGAGCCAACAUGGAGGCUGUGGUCAAGUUUCAGACCAUUAUGUGGGCGCCAUUACAGCAUGUAUAGUGAUUCCUUUUUCUUUUAGUUUAAUGGGG